CUGAGCACAGACUUUGUGUUUAUCUGUCUUUCCUCCGGCUCCUCCGCACUGAACCCUCUCCUCCUCCCCGCCUGUUGCGCUUGUUGUCUGUCUCACUCUGCUCUGCGUGAACAGUGUAGUGGAGCAUGGCUGCCAUCAAGGCUCUGGAGCAGUGGUGUAAACUCCACUGUGAGGGUUACCGAGAUGUGGCCAUCACCAACAUGACCACUUCUUUUAGGAACGGACUAGCUUUCUGUGCGCUUAUACACAAGUACAGACCGGACCUCAUGUGAGUACUUCACUUUGAAAAGUUGCGUGAAAAUGAAGGUUUUAUUUUUCUAGAGACGUUUAGUCUUGAAGAUGUGGUGUCCUUUUAUAAUUUUGUCAUCUAAAUUAAUUGGAAAAAGUGCAUCUUAAUUUUUUUAAGUUUUUCUUUGUUUUGGACUUAAAAUUCGCUAAUUUUGAGAAUUUUUGGCAUUAAUAAAUGCUGCUUUUGUAUAUACAGUAGGUGCUUGUUUUAAUGGCUGAACCCUUCAGAGUUUUAAUGUCAUAUGAGGGUUUUCCCCUCCAUAUCUUCUCUCCUCAUUGUAUUCCUGUUUUUUUUCCAGAGACUAUGACUCACUCAGUAAGGAGGAUGUGUUUGAGAACAACAGACUGGUAAGAAGUCAAGCUGUUGAACUUUUGUCAGUGUUGACUUUGUGCUCCAGCUGUAUAAUCUGACAUGACACUAAACAGAGUCUUUAUUAACCCAAGAGUCAUGAAGACACAUCCAGCAUUAAUCCGUAUUUGUUCUUGUCUUAGUGUUUAUGCUGCAGAGUUGUUCAUUUUUCAGCUGCUUCAACAUUUUCAAAGUACAGCAAAAGCCACUUUCCAAUCCUGGACUCAUUUCAGAACUUACAACCCUCAGAUUGUUCUUCUGCCUCUGUCCACUAGACCUCAUUUAUUUUGUUAACCCCUUCGUGACCUGAGCCGCACAGCCGUGACCUCUCCAUUAUUCAGACUUCUUCCAUUUGAGCAGCUUCCUCUGAGAGCGCCACACUGGGCACGCUCUGUAUGACUUCCUUGUUGUCUCGGACGAUCCUGGCGAUGUCAGCAACAAACCCGAGCUCAGGGAAGAAGCUCUCCAGGACAUCCAUUUUGAAUGAGGCCUACUAUCAUCUGCCACUUGAUCCUUAUGUUGACAGCUCAGUUGCUGCGUUUUUAUCAAAUUUAUAACACAAGAAAAAGACCGGUAAACCUUCGCUGAAGCCAGAGCGUGGCGUGGUUAAACAGGUUUUAGUUUUGAACUACCUUUAAACACACUCAAUGAAGCACAACACGAGAACAUGACCUGUGCGGUAAUUCACACCCUUCUAUUUUUCAUGAAUAGUGUCGUGUUUCUCACAGGUGGUUGUUUAAUAAGAAAGUGUCACUGUAGUUCAACCAUUUGCAGCUCUGAGUGCCUUUCUUUUACAGACAGACUUGGUAUUCAGCAAGGCUCUGCUUUAAAUUUAAUGAGCAUGUCCAGACUGAUGCUAAACAAUGCCCCGCUAUCUUUCUCCCUCUGUCCUUUUUCUUUUCCCGCGAGCUCACAGGAAGAGCUCUAUUCAUUAUGAAGCCCUUUAUGACCUCUCUGGCCUGCUGCUGGUCUAUUUAAGGGAAACCGUAUUGUGUGACAUUUUUAAACAGGCUGCAGACAUUUCUGCGCUCGCUAAGAGAUGUUUAUAUUCUGCAAAAAAUGCCUCCAGUUUUGUGGUUUUUGUUUCAGGCUUUUCAGGUAGCGGAGGAGAAGUUGGGAAUCCCGGCUUUGUUAGAUGCAGAAGACAUGGUGGCUUUAAGGAUCCCAGAUAGACUGAGUAUUCUCACCUACGUCUCUCAGUAUUACAACUACUUUAAUGGACGGCCUCCCAGUAAGGACACAUUUGAUUUAAAAAUCUUUGAAAUUAAUCAGCUAAGACUCAUUUCAUCAUCUUUAUAAUUAAAACAGUUCUACGCUUUCUUUACUACACGUUUAUUUUUCAAGGUCUAGGUGUAAUUAUUUUCUUUUUCCCACCUACAAAACUGUGAUAUUUGAAACUCACAGUGCUCUGCUUCUCCUCAGUGGGAGGUGUAAAACGGCCAGCAGAGGGCUCCAAGGAGGAGCCAUCAGAGAAGAAAAAUCUCCCAGUUGUUGCCAAAACCUUUGUGUCUAAAACAGCCACUGAGAAUCGCUCACCUUCCACCCUCAAUGCUCAGAUGUCUCCCAAGUUGGCAAGAGCUAAUGUUCAGGUCAGCAAUUAUGGACAUACAACAUAUUUUUAAUGCAUUUUUGAUCACUUUGAAAUACUUCUUAUAUCAGAAGUGGAAGAAGUAUUUUUUUUAUUAUUUUAGAGGGGCUCUGGUGGAUGUUAAAAAGAUGGCUUUUUGGAUCAAGUUGUGGUUUUCUUUUGCAGAAGGGGGUUCUUGCAGAAAACAGCAACAAAAAUGGGACUCUUAACAGCAAGUGUGUUGCAUGUAAGAGUCAUGUUCACCUGGUUCAGAGGCACUUUGUGGAUGGCAAGCUCUACCACAGAAGCUGUUUCAGGUAAGAACUGAAUCUAAAUCCUAUUAAAUCUUUCUGUUUACUGCUUUAAUACCCUCAUAUUCACAUGUCUACAUCAGGUGCAGCGAAUGCUCCGGCACGCUUCAUGCAGGAGGAUACAAACCUGGGAGGAAUCCAGACACUUUUAUCUGUAAUGGCCAACAUGCCAGUCGCAAAAGUUCCUCCUCCAAUACUGGGAUCAAGAAUAACGUCAGCCAGACCCAGCCUGCAUCACGCCCCUCCUCUGUGCUGUCAGCUCCUCUUAACAUUACCAUCAAGCCGUCCACUCCUACCCCACCUUCCCCAUCCUGGACAGUCUCAGCCCAGAAGACUCAGUCAGCCAGGCAGAGGUUUUUCCAGGCUGCACCGCCACCGACAGUAGAGACCACAAAGGGUAAAGGGAAGCCCACAGAGCCCUUAAGUGUUUUGGGAAGGCCAAAAGUCCCACUUAGCACUGAUGAGGAGAGGAACAGAGCCAGGACAACCAUAGGAAAGAAACUGGCAGAGGAAAACUGCAACACCAACAACAACAAACGCCUGUUCACUGUUCGACCAGCAGAGAGACGGUGAGUUUUGCUGUGUGUAGAUUCCUGUUUGCAAAAUCAGUAUACUUCUGUUUCCUGCAUAAUUUUAUUUAUACUUUUGUUGAUAAGAGCUCCCUUUUUUAUUUGCAGGUUUGGAUAUGAGCCAACUUCAGCUGACAGCUCCAGUUUGAGAGAAGAUAAAUGCAGCCGAGGCCCAGCAGGAAACCAGGCAGGACAGCCCUCCACCGGCCAGACAAACAAUAAGGAAUUUCCACGUCUGAAGGCCAUCAGCAGAGACAACACAAGGCCAGCGACAGUACACACAACUGCUGCAGGCAAGCGCUACUAAAUUCAUUUUAGUUGUUCUUGAUCCAUUAUUUGACAUCUAGCCAACAUUCACCCACCGCCUCGCCAAUUCCCCCUGUCUGUCUGCAAACGCAUUCAUAGAAAAACAAAGCCCUUUUGUCAUUUUUUACCCUAUUUAUGCAGCUGCUGCAUUUAGCAUAAUGUUAGCUCCAUGUGUGAUAUUGACAUUUUAAUUUCAGUGUCACACUUUUAAUGAACUGUCAUAGUUGGGCUGUCAUUCUGCUGGGAUUGAUGUGCAUGCAGGAGCGCAGCAACCUGACGGAUAGUCCUCUGUCAGACAGACUCUAAAUUAGUUUUUGUUUUAAAAUGAGAGGAUCCUAAAAUUACCAUGUUUGAUUGAAGCCGUUUGUAUCCUACAAAGUAAUUAUGUUGCAUAAAGAUACGGAAAAGCAUUUAUGUGACAGACUCCACAUUAGGACCAGUCAUAGACCUGUUCUCAGAGGUGAGUUUGACGCAGAAAGGUCAAGAGUUUUCAGUGCACAAACUUAAAUCGCUCCAGCUGAACACUUGAUACCUAGACAUGAUGUCAAAAGUAGGGCUGGGCGAUAUAGCCUCAAAUCAAUAUCUCGAUUUAUUGAGCAGUUCACCUCGAUAACGAUAAUGGAUGACAACUACUCCACAAGCUGCUCACCCCCUCCAACAUUAACUUCGUCUACUUCAUCCGCCGUUCCAGCCACUACAACUUUUGAACCCUCCUCCAUCUCCUCACCUGUCUUUUUGUCUUUGUUACAGACUGGAUGGGGUGGAUUCAUGUCUCUUUAAGACAGCGUCUUAAAGGGAGAUGAGACCAUAGCCUACCUACACACAUCUAAAACCAACUUUUAUUUAUAUAUUUUUUUGACACCAAAUAUACCGACAUGGGCAAAAUGACGUCAGUUCUUGUCGUAAAUUUCGGUAGCAGUAAAUGUUCGGUUUAUCGACCAGCCCUAGUCAAAGAUUAAUGUGAGAACUUUUCCUGGUUUUUAAAUCAAAAUCAAUGUCACCAUCAUGUGACAGAAGUAUAGUAGCAACUCUAAAACCUUUUGCUUUUACUUUCACCAAUCAUUCACUUCUGUCUAAAAUUAUUUGUCUGCAGAUCCAGGUCAGGAGAGGAAGUCUAAGCCCGAACCUGCAAACACUCAUCUAGCGCUACAGUAAGUAUCUCCAUCCUCAAAAUCUAUUUAAGAGCUGGGAAUGUCACACAGGUGGACAAAGUAGGCUUGUCUUCCAACACCCAGGAGCUCAUUUGCUCUCCAGACUGUAGAGUUGCCCAGCUUGGUCUCUAUCUGGCUCAGAGUGCAUCUAUACUGUAGACCCUCUGUCCCCCAUCCCAACAAACCCUCAUGAAAGGCCCAGCUGGAACUUUAAAUGUUCUCACACUUUUUUUCCAAACCCCUGUUGGUAAUUUCCUCAUUGCUUCGACAGGAAGAUGAGGCCAUUCCUUAUAUUUCAUUCUUUGGGAAGUGAGCGUGUGUAAUGGCCACAGGUGUAAAUCAAAUCUCCAGCUUUGGGGACUAUACCUUCUGUACAUGGGGCAAAGAUGUACUUUUAUGAAUCUGAAAUUGUGAAACACCCAAAGUUUCAUUUCAUUGUUAUUCUUACAGAGAAGCUGGAACAGAUCCAUGCACCAAGCAACAUGAAGCUGGGUUCAUGUUCCCUGCAGCUCCCUCUAAUGUCUCCAUCAGUACAACGAGGCCUCCCUCGGCUCCAACACCUGCACAACCAGCAGCCAGCAUCGCCCUCUUUGAUCCUUCACAGUUCAGAAAAAUGUCUCCCCAGAAACCUCAGCAUAUCUCUAAAAACCAGGGUGAGUCAAAUCUGUACAUUAUAGCGAGACACAUUUGUAUUAUUGUGGUCUUUUUCUCUGUGAAGGAUAUCAGAAGUAAAAAGAGAGUUUGCAAAUACAAGUCGGAGUAUGACAUUUUGUUUAACCCUGCAAACUCUCCUGGGAAAAGAGCUGACAGUCAAGCUUCUACAUGUUUCAUUCUAUUCACCAACUAAUCCCCUACAGUGAUUGAGCGUAUCGAAACAGCUGCAUAAAUCAACUGAGGAAAAAUACCAUAUUAAAGCCCCAGUGAGGGACUUUUAGUUUCUGAUAACUUUGGCGCCUCCUGUGGACAAAGUAGUCCUUGCUUAUCUUGACCUAUAUAUGUUUUUUCCAGACAAAAAGUUCCAUUAUUCUGACUUUUAACAGUCUAGAUUAUUAUUUAUUGUGAAACUUUAACCUGAAAAAUGUAAAAAGGGUUUGUUUCUUCAGCUGCUUGGCUGACACCUACCCUCUCACACUGGUUCCAGGCAUUUAAAAUUACUAUAUAAAAAAAUCCUCAAUCUUCUUGCUGAUGGUUGUGUUUGCUUUUGUGAAUGACACAAAGGCCUCAACAUGAAUUUCAGUGUGUUUCAAAUAACUACUCGGAGGAGCUUUAAAUGAACCCAAAAAGUUACACUUAAAAGUUUUGUUAAUUUUAAAAUGACCUCUGUCAGCAGAAGAUAGAGGUCACAUAAGGCUGAUCUUUAAAUGUUUUUAUGAAAUCUGAUUUUAGAUGUCCAUUCAAAAGUUAAUGAAGCUUCUGUGACAGACAGCGGUGAUACCAGUGAAACCUCUGACCUCCUUGCUGAAACUUUCCUGUCAUCUUUUCUAACUAAAAACCUCUGUCUUCUUCUUUUGUUUUCAGUAUGCUGUUAAUACUCUGCUCUGACACCUACCCUUUUACAGCGAUUACAGGCUUUAAAAACUUAGAAAGAAAAAGUCGAGGUUGCUGAUGAUGGUCUGGUUUGUUUUUGGAGGUCGUAAAGUGGCAGCACUGUUAACAGCAAUCUGUUAAAUAAACUGCUAAAAACCUCUCACAGGAGCUUUAAUAUCUUUCCAUCUGAUUUAUAGUAGUAGAUUGAUUGACAGACAGGUCAGCGUUGCCAUCCUAUGACUCAUAAUACUAAUUCACUAUUACUAUUAUCCACACACAUAUUCCCAGACUGACAUGCUGCUUUGUGUUUAGAGUUUCUUGUCAAUAUUGUCGACUAAAACAGAAAAAUUCAUUAGCAGACAGAACUUUUGGCACCCACCUGCCUAUCUUUAUUUUAGGUUUGAAACAGCAGAAUCACUCAUCUGUGAAAUCCCCACCUAGACGGCCGGCUGUGGAAUCUAUUAGCUCUUCAACGACGGCUCCAGUCGAUCACGGAAAUCCAUCGUGUGGGUUAAAAAUAUCAUCAUCAGAGCCAUGCAUUCAUGUCCUUAACCAUCUUGUUGGUUUCAUAUGAGCAGUCAAAUUUUCACUGAAAAUAAAUCAGGUGAAGUCAUAUGUGACAAUGCUUUUCUGAAAAGCUGCCAUGAAAGGACUAUCUAAUCCUAUUUUAUCUACCUCUUAGGUGCUAAAAAGGGAAAGUAUUUGUCACCCACCAACGCCUCCAGGACCGAAAUGAGGUCACCCUCUGUAAGUUCCCUCCAUUAAGUCUCUUAUGAGAUUAAUUAACAGCUCGACAAAUAUGCUUUCAUUACAUUCCCGGCAAAAAAAAGAAGAAGAAAUGUACGACCUUCUCUGCGUUUAAGCGACCAGAGUUGGAAUUUUCAAAUUAGAGUUAUCUGUAUUUGACUGAGACUCUUAAGUUCUUUUGUUUUAUAUCAGGUAAAGUCUUAUCAUAUUCCCGUGGAGCAGAUUGAGAGAGAGCUGAAUGAUAUUGAGAUGAACUUGGCUCACUUGGAGAGAGAGGGUGUGGAGCUGGAGAAGAAACUCCGCAGCUGUGAGGAAGGUACUUCUUACCCUGUGACUAUUUUUUUUUCAUACCUUUUCCAUUUUGGGGGCAUGUAAAUAAAAUUGAAUGUUUACAAGUUGAAAAAAAGUGCACAAUUUGAAAACAAGCAUCCUCUCAAACAACUUAUUCAAAGGAUAACAGUGAAGGAGUCACCGUUGCUCCCAUAGCAGUGAAUAACCUUAAGAAAACUCUCAUAUUUUAUUGUGCACACAGCAAAAUCCUGCUGCUGCCUCAGUGAGAGUAUCCCUGGUGCAGGGUGCAGUGUCCUCACACACACACACACACACACACACACACACACACACACACACACACACACACACACACACACACACACACACACACACACACACACAUUUAACUCACUGUCAGCUGUAAGUUGGGGUGUGUGUGUGUUUAGGGGACACACUGGCCAUUUCUAUUACUGUUUCUGCAGCCAAAUGAGGUGAGAGGCGCAGACGGCCCACAGGGAUGUUGCUCCUCUUAGAUAGAGCGGGAGUAGGGGGCUUGAUUGCUUCGCUCAAGGUCAACAUGACUCGGGUGUCGUAAUGUAUAUUCUAGUCAAUUUCAUACUUUUUUUUUUUUAAACAGGUGCUGCAAAAGGAGCCUUAGCAUUCGGUCACUUGGCCAGACUUUCACUUCAGUCGUGCACCACCUUGGAGAUCAUCAGCUCUGACUUUAAAUAUGUCAUCUUUAAAAACUAAACCCUGACUCUUGAGUUAAAGCCAGAAUAUUACCAUGUUUGUUCUGGUGAUGCCAGGAUCUUAAGUUGGAUUUGGCACAGUAUUUAUUCAUAACCUUUCAAAAUAUGUGAUAUGUUCCGAAUCCACUAACGAAAUUAAAUAAGUAAAGUAGCAGAGACUAAAUACUGCUGUGUUUAGAAGGCUGUGCCAUUUAACAUUAAAGUAUUGAAAACUGUCUUUGCCAUAACUUCACUGUUUCGGAAUAUUAUUAUUCUAAUUUUAUUUAUAUUAUUUUAUUAAAAAAAAGAAGCCUGGCCCUCCCUGAUUUUUGCUCAGUCAUUGUUCAAGGAGUGAAAAUGGCAAAUGCAGACCUCAUUAUGUAUUUGCUCUUUGUUGAUCUUUUGUAUGUUAAAAGUGUACGACUGUGGUCAAUACGGGUCUUGUGUAUUCACUGUGGUACUUCAAUUUUAUGAUUUAUUUAAGUAUUAACAAUCUACAUUUAUUUUUUAACUAUUGUUUGCAGUAAAUGCUGGAAAAUUGUGACAAAUCUGACUUUGUGCCUAUGACAUAAUUGAAGUAAAAUGCAAAUACCUUAUUUUUAUGAAAUAACUUUCAUACUUGAGUUAUUAAUGUUGACAGGAGGUGAAAUAAUAAUCAAAUACUCAAAUACUCACAUGAAAAAAGAAGUGUAUCAGGUGAAAAUAAAAUGAGCUGGAUUAAAAGGGGCUACGGUUUAUCAAUAAUAAGGUGUGUGUUAUUCACAGUUUUUGAAAUUGUCUCUUUCAGGCGGCGAUGGAGAUAUUCUGAUGGACCCUCUGAUGGUUGAGUGGUUCAAUCUCAUCCGUAAAAAGCAGAUGUACAUUAGGAAGGAGUCAGAGCUUGUUUACAUGUGAGUACCUUUUGUUUUGUAGCCCAGAACCUCACCUCAUGAAAGUAUCUGAAUGAAUUUGUGUACUAUUUUCAGAUCUAUUUUAAUGCAUAUGAGUCUCACCUAAAAAAAAAACUCUAAAACUAGUAAUACCCUACUGUGUUUUUCUCAGAGCAGAUGAAGCCUGUUCUCAUUGUCAUUAUUAUUACAUUUUUUCCACUUCAAUCUGAAAUGUCAUGUGCAUUAUAAAACAGCUCAGCCUCAUUUUUUUCUUUCUUUCAUGUUAUUAAUGGCGGGGUAUGUAAGAGCCAGGACUCAGGAGCUGGAGCAGCAGCAGCCAGGUGUGGAGGGAGAACUCCGCAGGUUGCUGGAGAAGCCAGGUAAGAGACUCUCCUCUCGACUUCAGUUCUGCUGCUUUUUAUUUGCAAACACUAAAAUCUGUCAGUUUGGCUUCACAGAACAUUUAAAGUCAAGAGAGGAGCAACAGCAGGAGAAGAAGUUGAUGCAGAGGCUGAUGGAGAUUGUAGAUGGACGAAACGCAAUUGUGGAGGGUCUUGACGAAGACAGGCUGAGGUAACACACUUCAUCUUAUAUUAAAUAAAAAAAUAAAUAUGGAGUUUAACGUGGAGAAGAAACGUGUGAUGCGGCAAAACCAGAGCUUUUUUUUUUUUUUUUUUUUAAGGGAAGUGGAGGAGGAUCAGCAGUUGAACGAAAUGAUGAAAAAUAUUGGUAAGUAUUUGAAAUACUGAUUCAUUUAGAUGUCAAUUUCAUAUUUGAAUGCUUUCUUCUAAUAUCUGCUAUUUUUUUCGGUGAAUAGGAGUAAAAAAAGCCAAAAGUAAGAGGAAAUCCUCCAUCUCUAAACUGUUCAGGCGAAGAAGUAAAAGACGAGUGGAAUGAUAAUCUGGUAAAUGUAUUAUCUAAUAAGUGUUGUUGAGUAAUCGCCCGGAAAUAAUUAAGUUUUUAUAUUUCAGUAUUGAGGAAAAAGGGUGAUGUGAUGAUGGAAUAUUGCAACAUUUCCACGUGUAAUGAUGAUUUCAAAUGAUUUCUUUGUUAAAAUCUCAUCUGCUCAAUAUUCACUCUUCACUUUGUGUUUACUCUUUCUAAAUUACACGUAGUUCAAGCUUUUUCAUAGUUUUCAUGAAGGAUUAUUUUCCAAAAAAGUUUAUUCUUAUGCUUGAAACUGACGGCAUGUCUAUUACAUUGUUACGACAGCGAUGAAUGGGUGGCAGAUGAAACAAUGUUAUUAAUAAUGGAUGCUUUGUUUGUAAAGAUGCUGUGUAUUUAUUUAGAUAGUGAUAUAUAACAUCUUAAAGUUCACUCAGAUCAGUUUAAGCAAAUUCACACUCACUGGAUCAAGAUCAAAAUUAGAAGUUUGAAACAGAAACUGUAAAGAUGUUCAAGAUACAGAGGAAAUAGUGUCUGUUCUACAUGUAAAGAGGAAUAGGCAGACGGAUGUGUAAUCCCUCAACAGGCUUAAUCCAAAUGAAAUUAUUUUAGCAUUUAUUCAAUAAUGGUUUUUAACAAAUUUCCGGUAAGAAUAUUAGCAGGAGAAAAAGCCUUGACAAUGAAGUUAAAAUGGCUGUGGAGUGUAAAAUGAAGAGCCACACAUGUUGAGCUGCCUCUCUGCAGACUGUUGUUCCUCUCCCACGCUGUACUGUAGGUGGCAGCCUGGGUAUGCUGUAUCACCAACAGGAACUUGGAAAUCCAAUUUGCCACAGUACGGACAGUUAAUUUCUUUGCUAAUUUUAUAAAUGCUUCAAAAAUGUUCAGCUGUGCUGAUGCAAUAAUGUUAUGUGAAAGAGGAUUAGGCAGAGCAGUAGCUUAUGGCCGGGGAAGGCUUAUAAACUAUAGGUUGUAUUGAGCUUUUUAUCUUCAAACUGGGUUUAAUUAAACAUUACUCUUUACUAAUAUCUGCAUCUGAAAUUCUCAGUACCUGCUCUGUGAAAGCGUUCAAAGGAUGCCUGGACUCAGUGAAGUGUGAAAAUGCCAUCCGGCUGCUUAUAGGGAGCGAACACUAGAGUUGCUUUUACUGGUUUUAUUGAAUGGCAUGUACUUGAUCUCUAUUUAUAGUAUUUUCUAACUUGAAAUCUGUUUAAUAAAUCCUUUGAAGAUUA